GAACUGCGGCAGCUUCCGGCCGGCCAGGCGCAGUGGAUGCGAGGAGCUCCGACGCGGUCGUGCGUGCGGUGGGGGCGUGUCGGUGGGAAGUCGUGGGGCCGGAGCUCGCGGAGCCGGCCUGUCCGAGCAAGGUGAGGAGGGGCGAGCGGCGGCGGAGGGCGACUGAGCCAGCGAGGCGGGGCGCCAUCCCUUCCCUACUUGGCUUCCGCUGGGCCUGGAAGUGAAAACCCUGUCUUCAUCCACGGGUUUUAUUUCUCCCUCCGAGGUAGCCAUGGAUGCUUCGACUCCUUUGCCUCCCGCACCCUCUUCUCCGAGGUGUAACCCAGCCCCACAGACAAUCCACAUUGAUUUCCCUCAUCAUAGCUCUUCGCUGCUGGAAUCCCUGAACCGCCAUAGGCUGGAGGGAAAGUUCUGUGAUGUAUCCCUCCUGGUUCAGGGCAGGGAACUGAGGGCUCACAAAGCAGUGUUGGCUGCUGCCUCUCCUUACUUCCAUGACAAGCUGCUAUUGGGGGAUGCGCCCCGACUCACUUUACCGAAUGUCAUCGAGGCAGAUGCGUUCGAGGGACUGCUUCAGCUCAUCUAUUCAGGAAGCCUCCACCUGCCAUUGGAUGCUCUUCCUGCCCAUCUCCUCGUGGCCAGUGGCCUUCAGAUGUGGCAGGUAGUAGAUCGGUGCUCAGAGAUUCUUCGAGAGCUAGAAACGUCCAGUGGAAUUUCAUCUGGUGGAGGAGCCUCCAGCCUCACACUUCUUUCCACAACAUCUGCAGGAGGCUGGUGCAUUCGCUCUUCCCCUUUCCAGAACCCAGGGCGGUCCUCCGCUUCCACAGAGAAUUCUGCUGCCCCUGAGAGCCCCAGUGGAGGGGAGGGGGGUGAACUAGAAGGAAUGUUACAGAUUCAGGUCAAAGUAGAGGAGGAAGAGGAGCAGAGGUCAGCAGCCCCACCCUUUCAGACCCCUCAGCCUGAGAGAGUGUCAGGAGCGGUUUCCCAGGCUUGCGGAUCCCACCCGUUGCCUACAUCGACUCUUCCCAGCAAACCUUCAGAGGAUGAGAACUCAACACUUGAUCCUCCUGCCCCUCCCGUACAAACUUCCCAAAUCUUAUACGUUAACCAGGAAAACGUCGAGUGUAAGGAGGAGACAUCAGGAGGCAGGACUCUGUCUGGAGGAGCAAAGGAAAAGACCAAAGUACUGCCUGGAGAGAACUCUGAGGAAAAUGGGGAGCUAAGAUACUUGCUGUCCUCAGGAGGAGGGGAGACGUCUGGGGCAGGAGACCCAUCCUGGAAACCAGUGGAUCUCCAUGGGAAUGAAAUCUUGUCAGGGGGCGGAGGACCCGGAGGAACAGGGCAGGCUAUGCACGGGCCUGUGAAGCUAGGAGGGACACCCCCUGCAGAUGGAAAGUGCUUUGCUUGCUUGUGUGGAAAACGGUUUGCAGUCAAGCCGAAACGAGACCGACACAUCAUGUUGACCUUCAGCCUUCGUCCCUUCGGCUGCGGCAUCUGUAAUAAACGCUUCAAGCUGAAGCAUCAUCUGACAGAGCACAUGAAGACCCACGCCAGAGCUCUGCACGCGUGUCCCCAUUGUGGCCGCCGGUUCCGGGUCCAGGCUUUCUUCCUUCGACACCGGGACUUAUGCAAGGGCCAGGGCUGGCCCACUUACCACUGGACUUACAAAUGACUACCGAUGCUCUGUAGUGAUUUCUAGGACAAGAUAGCCACUGCUGCUGACGGACUUACCUUCCACCACCUCAGUCCUGGAUCGUGUGGUCCUUCCAAGAGAUUAUAUAUGUCAUGUUGUGAACCCCUUACUCUUGGGGAUGGGCCUCACCCUGGUAUAUUUGGAAGUCCUGUAGGAAGGUCAUGCUUCUGAUCACUCAACCGGAAUGGCCCUUUUUGUAUUGAUAGCCAGUGAAGGAACUGCUGACCUCAGGUUAUAUUAGCAAGAGAAGAGAUGGAGCAAAAUGACCCAGUAACUCUAUCCUCAUCUUCAUGAGGAGGUGAGGGAGCUGGUCUCCAACUAGGAAAACAUUUGAUUCAGAGCUCAAGUAAUUGUCAGACUCAGCUCUGAGCGGCCUCUGCCUCACUGUCAACGGUAUCCCGACUCUGUACUUUCUGUCAUUUCUUUCCAGAAGCUUUUUAAAGUUGUACUUUUCUUUUCUCACCAGGAGACACCUUUCCCAAAUAUCCUUUUAAAAAUGACUGGAGAGGUGGCUCGGGCACUGACUGCUCUUCCAGAGGUCCUGAGUUCAAAUCCCAGUAGCCGCAUGGUGGCUCACAACCAUCUGUAAUGGGAUCUGACGCCCUCUUCUGGCCUGCAGGCGUACAUGCAGACAGAGCAUUCAUACAUUAAAAAAAAAAAGUACUUGAACAUGAAGCAAGUGUCCUGCACACAUUUAAUCACAGCACAUGGGAGGCAGAGGCAGGUGGAUCUCUUCAAGUUCAAGGCCAGCCAGGGCUGCGCUCGGCGAGACCCUAUCUUGAGGGGGAUAAAUAGUACUCGAGCACUUUAGCAAACUGAGCAUUUCACAGGUUACUCUGAAAGCCCAUCGCAGAGGGUCCUCCCUCAGAGGCCUUCACCUUGUCUUUCACUACCACUAAUCACAAUGACAGAUGUGACCCAGGAACUCAAGAGGUGGCAGCUGGCCUACAGCGCUCCCAGGGUGGCAUUUCCCCCACUUAGAGGAUCUCAGGGUUGAACCCACACAUGGUGAGGAUCUGCAGAGGAGCCACGGUGGGACCAUGCUGCUCUCUUUUCCACCCCACCGACAUCAGUAGAAACAACACCUUUGUAGAGGUAGAGGGGUAGAUAGAAUGGAGGUGAAGGGGAAUUUAAAUUAUAAUAAACUGCCCCGCAAUCUAAACUGACAGUAGGCUGGACUGAGUAAUUUAUGUGCAAGAGAUGUGAGAGCGGAUGUGCGGGAGCUGCGUGUGUUCCUUUUGCAUCCAGUUACAUGGCUGGGAGAAGAGUGAGGUGGUUUCACAGAGACGUGACGGACAGUGCUGUCCCAGACUCGGGUCCCGCCGGAACCUCAGGUAAGUUAGCUAUUGUUCCAGAGUCUGACCUGCUCCUGCUCGGUUCUCUGUCUUGGUUUGUUGAGACCUUGUCUUUCCGUCUAGCCCAGACUGGCCUCAAACUCAUGAUCCUCCUGCAACCCCUUCAAUACUAGGAUUACAAGCACUUACUGACAGGUCUGGCUUAUGUCCACUUUUUGAAAGGCUUCGUGUCACAUGAUAUUAGCUUAAAUUAUUUCCUAACUUCUUGGCAGUAUGCGUAGUGUUGGAUGGCACUUUUUAAUUUAUUCUAUAAAUACUUAGAACAGAGAGCAGAGUGCUAGCCCCUGAUUUUCCCUCACUGGGACAGUGUCUCAGUGAAUAAGAGCUCUCACUGCCCAAACAUGAAGACCUCAGUUCAGAUCCUAGCACUCAUGGGAAAAAGCCAGGUGUUGGUCUGACCAGAGGGUUGAGCAGGCACCUACUGACAAGCCUGACACCUCGAGUUUGUGCCCCAGAACCCACAUGGUAGAAAGUGAGAACCUGCUGGGGGCCACAGGGCAGCCUGCACAGGAGAUAAGGAGUGGUUGCAGGGAGGGAGGGAGUCAGGCAUGGGAUCCUAGGGAAUUUCACAGCUCUGACUGACUAGCAAUCAGGUGCCUCCAUAUUUAUAUAGGUUUCACAGAACACAGGUGGAUUAAUGAUUAUCCAGGAAGUACAGAUUAUGUGUUUGAUUUUUCAUUACAUGUCCAGGGUUGCAAGUUCAGUCACAAUUAGAAAAUACAAACAACAGAUUUGUUUUUUCUUUUUCUUUUUUUUUUUUGGUUCUUUUUUUCGGAGCUGGGGACCGAACCCAGGGCCUUGCGCUUCCUAGGUAAGCGCUCUACCACUGAGCUAAAUCCCCAGCCCCCAGAUUUGUUUUUUAAGAUUUAUUUAUUUAUUAUAUAUAAGUACACCUUAACUGUCUGCAGACUCACCAGAAGAGGGCAUCAGAUCUCAUUACAGAUGGUUGUGAGCCACCAUGUGGUUGCUGGGAAUUGAACUCAGGGACCUCUGGAAGAGCAGUCAGUGCUCUAACCACUGAGCCAUCUCUCCAGCCCAACAGAACAGAUUUUAAUGUUGAAGCGCCCACCCUGACCAGCAAGGAAGACGCAACACCGUCGGACUCUUCUUAACAGCCUUUAUUGCAGGAACACCUAAUUGUUAAUACGGGGACCCCGGGGAACAAAGGCACUCGCCUUAAAUACAAGACAGGCUGUGGCUGUAAAUUUGUCCACUGGGGAUUGGUGGAGUAUGAAAUACCUAUUUAGCAUGAAUAUCACCCUGGCCUUGUAGGUGCUGGGGGUAUGCCAACACAUGCACUGUGGGUGUUUACCACAAACGACCACCGGAUGUCGGCGCCAUCUUUAGCUGCUCCCUACAUAAUGUAUCUAUGUAUUCAUUUUGUUUUUUUCAAGACAGGGUUUCUCUGUAUAGCCCUGGCUGUCCUGGAAUUCAUUCUGUAGACCAGGCUGGCCUCGAACUCAGAGUAUGAACCUGCUUCUGCCUCUCCCAUGAGUGCUGGGAUUAAAAGGCAUGGGCCAUCAUCACCUAGUGUCUAGUUUUGGUUUUGUUGUUGUUGUUUGGUGGUUUUUUGUUUGAUUGGUUUUGGUGCUAGGGAUUGAAUCCAGACCCUCACACUUCCAAUUAUGAGUCUCACACGUGAGCGACAAGCCCAGAUGAAUCUUGUUCUUGUGGCACUGGACUGAAAAUAAAUUUCUCAGGCGAGCAUAGGCUUAGAUUUUUUUUUCUUCUUCUUUUUUUUUUUUAAAGAUUUGUUUAUUUUAUUUAUAUGAGCACACCGUAGCUGUCCUCAGACACACCAGAAGAGGGCAUCAGAACGCAUUACAGAUGGUUGUGAGCCACCAUGUGGUUGCUGGGAUUUGAACUCAGGACCUCUGGAAGAGCAGUCGGUGCUCUUAACCACUGAGCCAUCUCUCCAGCCCUUAGAUUUUUUUCAAAACCUACUUUAAUAAGGUUUCUUAAAGGCUUUAACCUCCCUUCUAGCCCACCACCCACCAGAGGUAGUGGAAAGGAAAGGUUAAUAGGCCAAAAGGGGAAUGUGGACCUGUUUAGAAAUAGUUCUUUUGGGCAGUUCCAGUCUUCAUUGUCAGGAUGUUACCAGUUCAGUCUGUAGGAAUCAGCAGCCGUAGCUCGAUCACUCACAAACACCGUUCACAAGUCAGCAGUGGCAGUUUGAUCCAGAAGAGACCAUGAGGCUCUGCCAGUCACCCCGAGUCCUUGGAAGCAGCAAGAUCCAGCAGCAGCUCUUUGGUGUGUUUCUCUCUACAAACUCGAUGAUCAGCAAAGAAGGCAAGGCUAACCAAUGCCCCAGCAUCAUCAGCGAAGCCCAAGGAAGAGCAGCCAAGAGUGGCAAGGCGAACCAAUACCACACAGCGUCGCCCGUGGUCUGUUGUGUUAUAUCUAGACCCUUUCCAAAUGUGUGUCCUCUUAAGUGUCCGCUCUAGCAAAAUAUCACAUGCCCUUGCUCCAGGCAGCUUCCAGAAAAAUACCAUGUGUCCUCAGCAAAACACCCUCCCACAUGUCUGAGCAAAACAUCCUCUCAUUAGACAGUUUCCAGAAAAACAUCACACGACACAACUGAGCCUCCAAAGAAACCAGAAAUUUCCACUUUAGGCGUGAGUUGGGGGAUGUCAGUUAGUGGUAGGUUCUAGCCUAGCAAGUGAAAAAGGUCCACAAAAUAAAUCUCAGGCAAACUUUCAGGUUUACGUCUAGACUCAGCUAGAGCACCUAGUCCACACCUCAGUUGAGGCUUUCAAACCUCAAUGUCAUAGAAGUUUUUAAUCUUAAACCGUGGUUUCUACCCUGCCUUUAACCAUUUAGUUCCCAGGUAGAACACACACACACAACCCUUAUAUUUACAAUAAGCCUUAGUCAGCAUAAGAGCUGGGCGGAUAUCUACCCUUCAUGCUAUUACAUCUACUUCCCAGUCAAUAACUUCAGGAUAUAAUUUGCCAUGUUUUGUCUGGACUGCUCUUAACUCCAGUUAGCCAACCCAUUUUUGUAAGAUUCUUACCCCAUGACACUUUCUCCUCUAUGUCACCUCCUCUCCCACCUCAUGGUUCCCCUGACUCCAAGCCCAGGAACCCUCAACGCUACCCAUGCCUCUUCUGUCCAGCUAUAUGCUGUCAACAUCUUUAUUCACAGGUCAGGGAUAACUUGGGGGGCAAGGUCACAUAGCAUUACAUGGGUCUACAUGUGGUCUCCGGGAGCAGCCAGUAUUUAGCACUGCAGAACACCUCCAUGUAUGUAGGUAGCAUUUACGUGUUGAAGAAAGGUUGAGUCUGCCCAGCUACCUCCAUUCAGCCUGUGAACUUUAAAGCAGGGUCAGUCUUUGUUUUGAGAGUCUCUGGCUGUGCUAGAACUUGAUUUGUAGACCGUGCUGGUCAGGAACCUCCUACAGAGAUCCUCCUGUCUCUGCCUCCCAAGUGCUGGGAUUAAAGGUGUACAACCCCAUGCCUCUUUUAGUCUUUAUGAUGCUUGGUUAUCCUAUGACACAAACUUUUUUAAAUAUUUAUUUUUAAUGUAUAUGAGUACGCUAGCUGUCUUCAGACACAUCGGAGGAGGGCAUCGGAUCCCACUACAGAUGAUUGAGAGCUACCAUGUGGUUGCUGGGAUUUGAACUGAGGACCUCUGGAAGAGCAUCAAUGCUCUUAACCACUGAGCCAUCUCUCCAGCCCCGACACAAACUUUUUUUUUAUUUAUUAAACAUUUAUUUAUUUAUUAUGUAUACAUCAUACAGCUUUCUGCCUGCAUGUAUGCUUGCAGGCCAGAAGAGGGCACCAGACCUGAAUAUAGAUGGUUGUGAGCCACCAUGUGGUUGCUGGGAAUUGAAUUCAGGACCUCUGGAAGAACAGACAGUGAGUGCUCUUAACCUCUGAGCCAUCUCUCCAGCCCCCCGACACAAACUUUUUUUUUUUUUCCUUUUUCUUUUUUUUUGGAGCUGGGGACCGAACCCAGGGCCUUAGCGCUUGCUAGGCAAGCGCUCUACCACUGAGCUAAAUCCCCAACCCCCCGACACAAACUUUUUAAUCAUUACCUGAUAAUGUCUUUUUGUUCUGGACACAUUUUUGCUGAGCCCCUCAGCAGUUUUACCUGUUAGUUGCAUGGAAAAAUUAAAUUGGGGCUGGAGAGGUGACUUGGCUAUUAACACUCCCUGCUCUCACAGACAACUCAGGUUCGAUGCCCAGCACCCACAUGAUGGCUCACAACUGCCUAUAACUCCAGAUCCAGGGGACUCAGCUGCUUCUUCUGACCUCCUAGGGUACCAGGCAUGUACACGGUGCACAGAUAUCAAGCAGAAGAGACACCUAUACACAUAAAUGAAAACUUAAAUAUAGAUAAGUCCAGCAGUGGUGACACACACCUUUGAUCCCAGCACUUUGGAGGCAGAGGCGGGAAGAGCUGAGUUCAAGACCAGCCUGGUCUACAGAGUGUGUUCCAGGUCAUUCAGGGCUACACAGAGAAACCUGCCUCGAAAAGACAAAAGUAAAAAAAAUAAAUAAAUAAGUAAAACAGCAGGAAUAGAUUGAAAAUGUUGGGCUGAGAUGAACACAGUGACAUAGGAGGAGCAGUAAUUCAAAGUCAGCUUCAGCUACACUGGGCAUUUAAGGGCAGCCUGGGCUAUACAGCACUGCAUAAGAACAAAAAGAAAAGAAACUUAUGCCAGAUCCCUUUCCGAAACAUAACCCCGAGAGAUCAGUGCUUUCCUGAAAAGUGACUUGGAUAAUAUACCUAUGUCCUUCACGGCAAAGCUCAAGAGGUCAUGUGACCCUUGACCCCUUAAUCACACUUGAUAUACAAGGCAUAUAUAUAUAUAUAUAUUUUUUUUUUGUUGUUGUUGUUGUUGUUCUUUUUUUUUUCGGAGCUGGGGACCGAACCCAGGGCCUUGCGCUUCCUAGGCAAGCGCUCUACCACUGAGCUAAAUCCCCAACCAAGGCAUAUAUUUUUUAAGACUUAUUUAUGUAUGUGUGCACUGUCACUCUCUUAAGACACACCAGAAGAGGGCAUCGGAUCUCAUUACAGAUGGUUGUGAGCCAUCAUGUGAUUGCUGGGAAUUGAACUCAGGACCUCUGGAAGAGCAGUCAGUGCUCUUAACCGUUGAACCACCUCUCCAGCCCCCAAGACAUGUAUUCUUAAAUUCUGUGUGUGUGUGUGUGUGUGUGUGUGUGUGUGUGUGUGUGUGUGUGUGCAUGCGCGAGUGCACGUGCACAUGCUGCUUGCAUGUGGAGGUCAGCACAGCUCGCAGAGUCAUUUCUCUUCUGCAGCCACGUCAGUGCAGAGCUCAAACUCAGGUCGUCAGCCUCAGCAGCAGCACCUUUGUCUCGACAGACCCCUGUCCCCCUGUAUGGCGUGUACUUCUUUCCCUGAGCUCUCAGGAGUGUUAGUGUAGGAACACUGGAGAGUGCUUAUGCAAACCUGAGUGCGGUGUGGAAUGUGCGAGCCUGUGUGGCUGAAGAAGCGCUUACGUGGCACAUGGCUGUGCCACACAUACACCGUGGAAACUGCUCACCCUCCUGAUAGCCCCGUGCAGUUCAGGCUGACCUCGAGCUCACCGGGUAACCAAGGGUGGCCUUGAACUCCUGGUCCUGCUUCCACCUCCAGUGUGGCACUCGUGGCUCAGUCCCACACCCAAAUGGUACGGCGCUUUUCUUGUUGCUGUGACCAAAUACCUGGCAACCUACAGGUUUGUUUUUGGCUUCCAAUCUGAGAAGACAAAGUCCAUCUUCCUGGGGGAGUGGGGUGGGAGACAGGACAAGGCAUCUGGAUGCUGCACUGCAGUUGGAGCAAGGAGAGGUGGGUUCUGUUAUUCCUCGAGAUGAGAACUUCACCCUAUGAAAUGACACCGCCUACACCAGGUUACUUCCCAUGUCAGUAGCACUUCCCUGGACAGCGUCAGGCUCCUGUCCCAGCUAAUUCUAAAUCCUAGCGUGUUGGCUAGAUUAACUGUCACAGAUGUGAAGGGAACUCUGACACACUCCAUGACACUACGGACCACUGAAGUAUUAUGCUGCAGGGGCUGAACCAGCCACGCAAGGACAGAUGAUUUCCUUUUGCAACUGGCUUUGUGACGGUCGUCCUUGAAGACCUGCAGAGGUUGUCUACACUCCUAGAAGACCAAGCACCGUGCAUGCCGGCCGGCGACGAGUGUGAGGGCUUUUGGCUCCUAGGUGUGCGGCUUCUGUUUCAGCAGAGGACAAAGCCCUGGAGGUGGGUGGAUGGUGGGGAUAAUUCCACAGCUGUGCGAACACUGCUCAACGUCAGGACUGUACACAGACGAAAUGGAUAAAAAUGGUAAACUGUAUUAGCUGGAAUUUAAGAGAAAGAAAAAGAGCCCCUCGGUGAACGAAUGGAGGAAGGCAUAAGCGCCAGUGGCUGCUCCAUCACAAAAAGACAAGCUCCACUUGCAGAAAAAUGCCACCGCCACAUAGGAGUUAGUAUUGCCAAAAAUAUCCACAGUGAAAAACGACGAGGCCUUCAGAGCUAACACAGAGGAAAUGUCUGGGACCAGGAAGCAGGACAAGUCAACAAGCAAGGCUGAAACGGAGCACAGGCAGCUCAGCUUGACACAAAAGCACUUUGCAAGAGGGGAAAGGAGGGGGCUGGGGAUUUAGCUCAGUGGUAGAGCGCUUACCUAGGAAGCGCAAGGGCCUGGGUUCGGUCCCCAGCUCCGAAAAAAAGAACAAAAAAAAAAAAAAAAAAAACAAGCACACAAAAGAAUGUUCAUGGCUGGCGGCCAGGGAGAUGGCUCGGCGGUUAAGAGUGCCAACUGCUCUUCCAGAGGUCCUGAGUUCAAAUGCCAGCAACCACACGGUGGCUCACAACCAUCUGUAAUGGGAUCCGAUGCCCUCUUCUGGUGUGUCUGAAGACAGCGACAGUGUACUUGCACACAUAAAAUAAAUAAAUCUAAAAAGAAA